AUGAACGCCUUCAACUUCCUUUGCGCCUUUGGCCUCUUGGCUACUCUUCAGGUGACCCGGGCAACAUUCUUCGACUCUUCGGAGGAGGAGAUCGUGAACAAGCACAAUGCUCUGAGGAGAGGUGUUCAGCCCACUGCCAGCAACAUGCUGAAAAUGAGCUGGAGCAACCAGGCUGCAGCCAACGCUCAGGCGUGGGCCAACGGCUGCUCCAUGAAACACAGCCCUAAAAGCUCCAGGACGAUCAGCACUAGUGGCUGUGGAGAGAACCUGUACAUGUCCGGCAACAAGGCCUCGUGGAGUGACGCCAUCCAGUACUGGUACGACGAGGUGAAGGACUAUCGCUACGGAGUGGGAGCAAUCAACUCAGGAGCGAUCGGACAUUACACACAGGUUGUGUGGUACAGGUCCAACGAGAUCGGCUGCGCUAUGGCAUACUGCCCCAACUCUCAAUACAAGUACUUCUACGUGUGCCAGUACUGCCCACCGGGGAACUACCAGUACACUCACCCCUACAAAUCAGGACCCUCCUGCGGUGACUGCCCCAACGCCUGCGACAACAAACUGUGCACCAACCCCUGUCCCUACACUGAUAAGUACAAUAACUGCCCGGACCUGAAGAAGCAGUUCGGCUGCAACCACAAGGACGUGGCCGCUUGGUGUCCCGCUUCCUGCAAGUGCACCUCUCAAAUCAUUUAA